CGGCUCCCGCUCUCUCUCAGUCGGCCGCGGGUAGCGGACGAUCGGCCCGCGUCGCCCGUUUCUCUCGCGCGCCGGCUCGCUAGCUCGCUCUCUCGCCGAGUCGCGGCCGCCUCCUCAGCCCUGCGCGCGGGUCCCGAGCGCGGCGCCAUGUCGGAGCCCGGGGGCGGCGGCGAGGACGGCUCGGCCGGCCUGGAGGUGUCGGCGGUGCAGAACGUGGCCGACGUGUCGGUGCUGCAGAAGCACCUGCGCAAGCUGGUGCCGCUGCUGCUGGAGGACGGCGGCGAGGCCCCGGCAGCGCUCGAGGCGGCGCUGGAGGAGAAGAGCGCCCUGGAGCAGAUGCGCAAGUUCCUCUCGGACCCGCAGGUGCACACGGUCCUGGUGGAGCGCUCCACGCUCAAAGAGGAUGUCGGUGAUGAAGGAGAAGAAGAAAAAGAAUUUAUUUCCUAUAACAUCAACAUAGACAUUCACUACGGAGUUAAGUCCAAUAGCUUGGCGUUCAUUAAACGAACUCCAGUGAUUGAUGCAGACAAGCCAGUGUCUUCCCAGCUCCGCGUCCUCACGCUCAGUGAAGACUCGCCAUAUGAAACCUUGCACUCUUUCAUCAGCAAUGCAGUGGCUCCUUUUUUUAAGUCCUAUAUCAGGGAGUCUGGCAAGGCUGACAGGGACGGUGAUAAAAUGGCUCCUUCGGUUGAGAAAAAGAUUGCCGAGCUUGAGAUGGGGCUCCUGCAUCUGCAGCAGAAUAUUGAAAUCCCAGAGAUCAGCCUGCCCAUUCACCCGGUGAUUACAAACGUCGCCAAGCAGUGUUACGAGCGCGCAGAAAAGCCGAAAGUCACAGACUUUGGAGAUAAGGUUGAAGACCCGACCUUCCUCAAUCAGUUACAAUCUGGAGUUAACCGCUGGAUCCGAGAAAUCCAAAAGGUGACCAAACUUGAUCGAGAUCCAGCCUCAGGAACUGCCUUACAGGAAAUCAGUUUUUGGCUAAACUUGGAACGUGCGUUAUACCGCAUCCAGGAGAAACGAGAGAGCCCGGAAGUUCUCCUGACUCUGGACAUCUUGAAACACGGCAAGCGAUUCCAUGCCACCGUCAGCUUUGACACCGACACAGGUCUGAAACAGGCUUUGGAAACGGUGAACGACUACAAUCCUCUGAUGAAAGACUUUCCUCUGAAUGACCUGCUGUCUGCCACUGAGCUGGACAAAAUACGGCAGGCACUUGUUGCAAUUUUCACCCAUUUGAGAAAAAUCCGAAACACGAAAUAUCCCAUUCAGAGGGCACUGCGCUUGGUGGAGGCGAUUUCGAGAGACUUGAGUUCUCAGUUACUCAAAGUGCUGGGCACUAGAAAGCUGAUGCAUGUUGCCUACGAAGAAUUUGAAAAAGUUAUGGUCGCGUGCUUUGAAGUUUUUCAGACUUGGGAUGAUGAAUAUGAGAAACUCCAGGUAUUGCUGAGAGACAUUGUCAAAAGGAAAAGGGAAGAAAACCUCAAGAUGGUGUGGCGGAUCAACCCUGCUCACAGGAAGCUUCAGGCUCGCCUUGACCAGAUGAGAAAGUUCAGACGCCAGCACGAGCAGCUGAGAGCGGUCAUCGUCAGGGUCCUGAGGCCACAGGUCACAGCAGUUGCACAGCAGAACCAAGGAGAGGUGCCUGAGCCCCAGGACAUGAAAGUGGCUGAGGUUCUCUUCGACGCUGCCGACGCGAAUGCCAUAGAGGAGGUCAACCUGGCUUACGAGAACGUCAAGGAAGUGGACGGGCUGGAUGUCUCCAAGGAGGGCACGGAGGCCUGGGAGGCCGCAAUGAAGAGAUAUGAUGAGAGGAUCGACCGGGUGGAGACCCGGAUCACCGCGCGCCUGCGAGACCAGCUUGGCACCGCCAAGAACGCCAACGAGAUGUUCCGGAUCUUCUCCAGAUUCAAUGCGCUGUUCGUCCGGCCUCACAUUCGCGGGGCCAUCCGCGAGUACCAGACGCAGCUGAUCCAGCGUGUGAAGGACGACAUCGAGUCUCUUCAUGACAAGUUCAAAGUCCAGUACCCGCAGAGCCAGGCGUGUAAGAUGAGCCACGUGCGCGACCUGCCGCCGGUGUCCGGCUCCAUCAUCUGGGCCAAGCAGAUCGACCGGCAGCUGACGGCCUACAUGAAGCGCGUGGAGGACGUGCUGGGCAAGGGCUGGGAGAACCACGUGGAGGGCCAGAAGCUGAAGCAGGACGGGGACAGCUUCCGCAUGAAGCUCAACACGCAGGAGAUCUUCGACGACUGGGCCCGCAAGGUGCAGCAGCGCAACCUGGGCGUGUCGGGCCGCAUCUUCACCAUCGAGAGCUCGCGAGUCCGGGGCCGCGCCGGCAACGUCCUCAAGCUGAAGGUCAACUUCCUCCCCGAGAUCAUCACCCUCUCCAAAGAAGUACGAAACCUCAAGUGGCUCGGCUUCCGCGUCCCGCUGGCAAUCGUGAACAAGGCUCACCAAGCGAACCAGCUAUACCCCUUCGCCAUCUCGCUGAUCGAGAGCGUGCGCACCUACGAGCGCACGUGUGAGAAGGUGGAGGAGCGGAGCACCAUCUCCCUGCUGGUGGCAGGCCUGAAGAAGGAGGUGCAGGCACUGAUCGCCGAGGGCAUCGCCUUGGUGUGGGAGUCCUACAAGCUCGACCCCUAUGUGCAGCGCUUGGCGGAGACAGUCUUCAACUUCCAGGAAAAGGUGGACGAUCUGCUGAUUAUCGAGGAGAAGAUAGACCUGGAAGUCCGCUCCCUGGAGACGUGCAUGUACGACCACAAGACUUUCUCCGAAAUCCUGAACAGAGUGCAGAAGGCCGUGGACGACCUCAACCUGCACUCCUACUCCAACCUGCCCAUCUGGGUCAGCAAGCUGGACAUGGAGAUUGAAAGGAUACUGGGUGUCCGGCUGCAAGCUGGCCUGAGAGCUUGGACGCAGGUGCUCCUUGGACAAGCGGAGGAUAAAGCAGAGGUUGACAUGGAUACAGAUGCCCCUCAAGUUAGUCACAAGCCUGGAGGAGAGCCAAAGAUCAAGAACGUCGUUCACGAGCUGAGGAUCACCAACCAGGUCAUCUAUUUGAACCCGCCCAUCGAGGAGUGCAGGUACAAGCUGUACCAGGAGAUGUUCGCCUGGAAGAUGGUGGUGCUGUCUCUCCCCCGGAUCCAGAGCCAGCGGUACCAGGUGGGUGUCCACUAUGAACUGACGGAAGAGGAGAAGUUCUACCGGAACGCUCUGACGCGGAUGCCGGAUGGCCCCGUGGCCCUGGAGGAGUCCUACUCUGCAGUCAUGGGCAUCGUCACCGAGGUCGAGCAGUACGUCAAGGUCUGGCUUCAGUAUCAGUGCUUGUGGGACAUGCAAGCUGAGAACAUCUAUAACCGACUCGGGGAAGACCUCAGCAAGUGGCAGGCUCUGCUGGUCCAGAUAAGGAAGGCCCGGGGGACCUUCGACAAUGCAGAGACCAAGAAAGAGUUUGGGCCAGUGGUCAUAGAUUACGGCAAGGUCCAGUCGAAGGUGAACCUGAAGUACGACUCCUGGCACAAGGAGGUGCUCAGCAAAUUUGGGCAGAUGCUCGGCUCCAACAUGACGGAGUUCCACUCCCAGAUCUCCAAGUCCCGCCAGGAGCUGGAGCAGCACUCGGUGGACACGGCCAGCACCUCCGACGCAGUGACCUUCAUCACCUACGUGCAGUCCCUGAAACGGAAGAUCAAGCAGUUUGAGAAGCAAGUCGAGCUCUACCGCAAUGGCCAGCGGCUGCUGGAGAAGCAGAGGUUCCAGUUCCCACCGUCCUGGCUCUACAUCGACAACAUCGAGGGGGAGUGGGGGGCCUUCAACGACAUCAUGAGGCGGAAGGACUCCGCCAUCCAGCAGCAGGUGGCCAACCUGCAGAUGAAGAUCGUGCAGGAGGACCGGGCCGUGGAGAGCCGCACCACCGACCUGCUGACCGACUGGGAGAAGACCAAGCCCGUCACGGGCAACCUGCGUCCAGAGGAGGCACUUCAGGCUCUCACCAUAUACGAAGGGAAGUUCGGCAGACUGAAGGAUGACCGCGAGAAGUGCGCGAAGGCCAAAGAGGCCCUGGAGCUGACCGACACAGGGCUUCUCAGCGGCAGCGAAGAGCGCGUCCAGGUGGCCUUAGAAGAGUUACAGGACCUCAAAGGUGUUUGGUCAGAGCUUUCUAAGGUCUGGGAGCAGAUUGACCAGAUGAAGGAGCAGCCGUGGGUUUCCGUGCAGCCUCGAAAGCUUCGACAGAAUCUAGAUGGCCUCCUGAACCAGCUGAAAAACUUCCCUGCCCGAUUGCGGCAGUACGCGUCCUACGAGUUUGUGCAGAGGCUCCUGAAAGGCUACCUGAAGAUUAACAUGCUGGUGAUUGAGCUCAAGUCCGAAGCACUUAAGGACCGCCACUGGAAACAGCUGAUGAAGCGGCUUCACGUGAACUGGGUUGUAUCUGAGCUGACCCUCGGCCAAAUCUGGGACGUGGACUUGCAGAAGAAUGAAGCUGUUGUUAGGGAUGUCCUGCUUGUGGCACAGGGGGAGAUGGCUCUGGAGGAGUUUCUGAAGCAGAUACGGGAAGUGUGGAACACGUACGAACUGGACCUGGUCAGCUACCAGAACAAGUGCCGCCUGAUCCGCGGCUGGGACGACCUCUUCAACAAGGUCAAAGAGCACAUCAACAGCGUGUCCGCCAUGAAGCUCUCUCCGUAUUACAAGGUGUUUGAGGAGGACGCCCUGAGCUGGGAAGACAAGCUGAACCGCAUCAUGGCCCUCUUCGACGUGUGGAUCGACGUGCAGAGGCGCUGGGUCUACCUGGAGGGCAUCUUCACAGGCAGCGCGGACAUCAAGCACCUGCUGCCGGUGGAGACCCAGCGGUUCCAGAGCAUCAGCACGGAGUUCUUGGCUCUAAUGAAGAAAGUAUCCAAGUCUCCCCUGGUGAUGGACGUUCUGAACAUCCAGGGGGUGCAGAGGUCUCUGGAGAGGUUGGCAGACCUGCUGGGAAAGAUCCAGAAGGCCCUGGGAGAGUACCUGGAGAGAGAGCGCUCGUCUUUCCCCAGAUUCUAUUUCGUGGGUGAUGAAGAUUUGCUUGAAAUCAUUGGAAACAGUAAGAAUGUAGCUAAGUUACAGAAACACUUCAAGAAAAUGUUCGCUGGGGUCUCGAGCAUCAUCCUCAAUGAAGACAACUCCGUCGUCCUGGGCAUCUCGUCCCGUGAAGGAGAGGAGGUUAUGUUUAAAACUCCUGUGUCAAUCACCGAACAUCCCAAAAUCAACGAGUGGCUCACACUGGUGGAGAAGGAGAUGCGGGUCACGCUGGCCAAACUCCUUGCUGAGUCCGUUACCGAAGUCGAGAUCUUUGGUAAAGCAACAUCAAUUGACCCAAACACCUACAUCACCUGGAUUGACAAAUACCAGGCCCAGCUGGUGGUCCUGUCAGCCCAGAUCGCCUGGUCUGAGAAUGUGGAGACGGCGCUGAGCAGCAUGGGCGGGAGCGGCGACGCGGCCCCCCUGCACUCCGUGCUGAGCAACGUGGAGGUCACCCUCAACGUGCUGGCCGACUCGGUCCUCAUGGAGCAGCCCCCGCUCCGCAGGCGCAAGCUGGAGCACUUGAUCACAGAGCUGGUUCACCAGAGAGACGUCACCAGGUCCCUGAUCAAGAGCAAGGUCGACAACGCCAAGUCUUUCGAGUGGCUCAGCCAGAUGCGGUUCUACUUUGACCCGAAGCAGACCGACGUGUUGCAGCAGCUGUCGAUUCAGAUGGCGAAUGCCAAGUUUAACUAUGGCUUCGAAUACCUGGGUGUUCAGGACAAGCUGGUCCAGACACCCCUCACCGACCGCUGCUAUUUGACAAUGACACAGGCCUUGGAAGCCAGGCUCGGGGGGUCCCCAUUCGGGCCUGCGGGGACGGGGAAGACCGAGUCAGUCAAGGCCCUCGGCCACCAGCUGGGCCGCUUUGUUUUAGUUUUCAACUGUGACGAGACCUUUGAUUUCCAGGCGAUGGGCCGCAUCUUCGUGGGGCUCUGCCAGGUGGGGGCCUGGGGCUGCUUUGACGAGUUCAACCGCCUGGAGGAGCGGAUGCUGUCGGCCGUGUCGCAGCAGGUGCAGUGCAUCCAGGAGGCGCUGCGCGAGCACUCCAACCCCAACUCGGAGAAGACCUCUGCCCCCAUUACCUGUGAGCUGCUGAACAAACAAGUGAAGGUGAGCCCAGACAUGGCCAUCUUCAUCACCAUGAACCCUGGCUACGCGGGCCGGUCGAACCUCCCAGACAACCUGAAGAAGCUGUUCCGGAGCUUGGCCAUGACCAAGCCCGACCGUCAGCUCAUCGCCCAGGUCAUGCUGUACUCUCAGGGCUUCCGCACGGCCGAGGUCCUCGCCAACAAGAUCGUCCCUUUUUUCAAACUGUGUGACGAGCAGCUCUCUUCCCAAAGCCACUAUGACUUUGGUCUCCGAGCCUUGAAGAGCGUGCUGGUGAGCGCGGGGAACGUGAAACGGGAGCGGAUCCAGAAGAUCAAGAGGGAGAAGGAGGAGCGCGGGGAAGCAGUCGAUGAAGGAGAGAUCGCGGAAAACCUGCCUGAGCAGGAGAUCCUGAUCCAGAGCGUCUGUGAGACGAUGGUGCCAAAGCUGGUGGCCGAAGACAUCCCGCUGCUCUUCAGCCUCCUGUCGGACGUGUUUCCCGGCGUCCAGUACCACCGGGGCGAGAUGACGGCGCUGCGGGAGGAGCUCAAGAAAGUGUGUCAGGAGAUGUACCUGACCUACGGGGACGGAGAGGAGGUCGGCGGGAUGUGGGUCGAGAAGGUUCUCCAGCUCUAUCAGAUCACCCAGAUCAACCACGGCCUGAUGAUGGUGGGGCCCUCGGGCAGUGGGAAGAGCAUGGCCUGGCGCGUCCUUCUGAAGGCUCUGGAGAGGCUCGAGGGCGUGGAGGGCGUGGCCCACAUCAUCGACCCCAAAGCCAUCAGCAAAGACCACCUGUACGGAACCCUGGACCCCAACACCCGGGAGUGGACAGACGGGCUCUUCACACACGUUCUGAGAAAGAUCAUAGACAACGUGAGAGGCGAGCUGCAGAAGCGCCAGUGGAUCGUCUUCGAUGGCGAUGUGGACCCUGAGUGGGUGGAGAACUUGAACUCGGUGCUGGACGACAACAAGCUGCUGACGCUGCCCAAUGGGGAGCGCCUCAGCCUCCCGCCGAACGUGCGGAUAAUGUUUGAGGUGCAGGACUUGAAGUACGCCACACUGGCCACCGUGUCACGCUGCGGCAUGGUCUGGUUCAGCGAGGAUGUGCUGAGCACGGACAUGAUCUUCAACAACUUCCUGGCCAGGCUGCGCAGCAUCCCGCUGGACGAGGGGGAGGACGAAGCCCAGCGCCGGCGCAAGGGCAAGGAAGACGAGGGCGAGGAGGCCGCCUCCCCGAUGCUGCAGAUCCAGAGGGACGCGGCGACGAUCAUGCAGCCGUACUUCACAAGCAGUGGGCUGGUCACCAAGGCGCUGGAGCACGCCCUCACGCUGGAGCACAUCAUGGACCUGACGCGCCUGCGCUGCCUGGGUGCGCUCUUCUCCAUGCUGCACCAGGCCUGCCGCAACGUGGCGCAGUACAACGCCAACCACCCCGACUUCCCCAUGCAGAGUGAGCAGCUGGAGCGCUACAUCCAGCGGUACCUGGUCUACGCCAUCCUCUGGUCCUUGUCUGGAGACAGCAGGCUGAAGAUGAGGGCAGAGCUGGGCGAGUACAUCAGGAGGAUCACCACGGUGCCGCUGCCCGCCGCGCCCAACAUCCCCAUCAUCGACUACGAGGUGUCCAUCAGUGGAGAGUGGUCACCGUGGCAGGCCAAGGUGCCACAGAUUGAGGUGGAGACGCACAAGGUGGCCGCCCCGGACGUGGUGGUGCCCACUCUGGACACUGUCCGCCACGAGGCCCUCUUGUAUACCUGGCUGGCCGAGCACAAGCCGCUGGUCCUGUGUGGGCCCCCCGGGUCCGGCAAGACCAUGACGCUCUUCAGCGCCCUGCGGGCCCUGCCCGACAUGGAGGUUGUGGGUCUUAACUUCUCGAGUGCAACCACCCCGGAGCUCCUGCUGAAGACCUUUGACCACUACUGCGAGUACAGACGCACCCCGAACGGGGUCGUUCUGGCCCCCGUGCAGCUCGGAAAGUGGCUGGUAUUGUUCUGUGACGAGAUCAACCUGCCAGACAUGGAUAAAUACGGGACGCAGAGGGUCAUAUCCUUCAUCAGACAGAUGGUGGAGCAUGGGGGCUUUUACCGAACCUCCGAUCAAACCUGGGUGAAGCUGGAGAGGAUCCAGUUUGUGGGGGCUUGUAACCCGCCCACCGACCCUGGGAGAAAGCCCCUCUCUCACAGGUUCCUGCGCCACGUUCCAGUGGUGUACGUGGAUUACCCGGGCCCCGCCUCGCUGACGCAGAUCUACGGGACCUUCAACCGGGCCAUGCUGCGGCUCAUCCCGUCGCUGCGCACGUACGCGGAGCCGCUCACCGCGGCGAUGGUGGAGUUCUACACCAUGUCCCAGGAGCGGUUCACUCAGGACACACAGCCCCACUACAUCUACUCACCCCGAGAGAUGACCCGCUGGGUGCGGGGGAUCUUCGAGGCCCUGAGGCCCCUGGAGACGCUGCCUGUGGAAGGGCUCAUCCGCAUCUGGGCGCACGAAGCCCUCCGUCUCUUCCAGGACAGACUCGUCGAGGACGAGGAGAGGCGCUGGACCGACGAGAACAUCGAUAUGGUUGCUCUGAAGCACUUUCCCAACAUCGACAAGGAGAAAGCCAUGAGCCGGCCCAUCCUGUACAGCAAUUGGCUGUCAAAGGACUACAUCCCAGUAGACCAAGAGGAGUUAAGAGAUUAUGUCAAAGCCAGGCUGAAAGUCUUCUACGAGGAAGAGCUGGAUGUGCCUCUGGUCCUGUUCAAUGAGGUCUUGGACCACGUGCUCAGGAUUGACCGAAUAUUCCGUCAGCCUCAGGGCCACUUGCUUCUGAUUGGUGUCAGUGGAGCGGGCAAAACCACCCUGUCGCGCUUCGUGGCCUGGAUGAACGGGCUGAGCGUGUACCAGAUUAAGGUCCACAGGAAAUACACGGGUGAGGACUUCGAUGAAGACCUCCGCACGGUGCUGCGGCGUUCCGGCUGUAAAAACGAGAAGAUUGCGUUCAUAAUGGACGAGUCCAACGUGCUGGACUCCGGGUUCCUGGAGCGGAUGAACACCCUGCUGGCCAACGGCGAGGUGCCCGGCCUCUUCGAGGGAGAUGAGUACGCCACCCUGAUGACCCAGUGUAAGGAGGGGGCCCAGAAGGAGGGCCUGAUGCUGGACUCGCACGAGGAGCUGUACAAGUGGUUCACCAGCCAGGUCAUCCGCAACCUGCAUGUCGUCUUCACCAUGAACCCGUCCUCUGAGGGCCUCAAGGACCGUGCGGCAACCUCCCCUGCGCUGUUCAACAGGUGUGUGUUGAACUGGUUUGGGGACUGGUCCACGGAAGCUCUGUAUCAGGUUGGCAAAGAAUUCACCAGUAAGAUGGACCUGGAGAAGCCGAACUACAUCGUGCCUGAUUACAUGCCGGUCGUGUACGACAAGCUGCCACAGCCGCCCUCUCACCGCGAGGCCAUCGUGAACAGCUGUGUGUUUGUUCAUCAGACUCUUCACCAGGCUAAUGCACGGCUGGCAAAGCGAGGAGGCCGCACCAUGGCCAUCACGCCUCGCCACUACCUGGACUUCAUCAACCACUACGCCAACCUGUUCCACGAGAAGCGGAGCGAGCUGGAGGAGCAGCAGAUGCACCUGAAUGUGGGGCUCAGGAAGAUCAAGGAGACAGUCGACCAGGUGGAAGAGCUGCGUCGGGACCUCAGGAUAAAGAGCCAGGAGCUGGAGGUGAAGAACGCAGCGGCCAACGACAAGCUGAAGAAGAUGGUGAAGGACCAGCAGGAGGCUGAGAAGAAAAAGGUCAUGAGCCAAGAAAUUCAGGAGCAGCUGCACAAGCAGCAGGAGGUCAUCGCAGACAAGCAGAUGAGCGUGAAGGAAGACCUGGAUAAGGUGGAGCCAGCUGUCAUCGAGGCCCAGAAUGCCGUGAAGUCCAUCAAGAAGCAGCACCUGGUGGAGGUGCGGUCCAUGGCCAACCCUCCUGCCGCUGUGAAGCUGGCGCUCGAGUCCAUCUGCCUGCUGCUGGGGGAGAGCACGACGGACUGGAAGCAGAUCCGCUCCAUCAUCAUGAGAGAGAACUUCAUCCCCACCAUCGUCAACUUCUCCGCCGAGGAGAUCAGUGAUGCCAUAAGGGAGAAGAUGAAGAAGAACUACAUGUCCAACCCCAGCUACAACUACGAAAUCGUCAACCGGGCCUCCCUGGCCUGCGGGCCUAUGGUGAAAUGGGCCAUCGCGCAGCUUAACUACGCCGACAUGUUGAAGCGCGUGGAGCCGCUGCGCAACGAGCUGCAGAAGCUGGAGGACGACGCCAAGGACAACCAGCAGAAGGCCAACGAGGUGGAGCAGAUGAUCCGCGACCUGGAGGCCAGCAUCGCCCGCUACAAGGAGGAGUACGCGGUGCUCAUCUCCGAGGCCCAGGCCAUCAAGGCGGACCUGGCAGCCGUAGAAGCCAAGGUGAACCGGAGCACAGCUCUUCUGAAGAGCUUGUCUGCCGAACGGGAACGCUGGGAGAAGACAAGUGAAACAUUCAAGAACCAGAUGUCCACCAUCGCCGGGGACUGUCUCCUAUCGGCCGCCUUUAUCGCUUACGCAGGUUACUUUGAUCAGCAGAUGCGCCAGAACUUGUUUACCACCUGGUCCCAUCACCUCCAGCAAGCCAACAUCCAGUUCCGCACAGAUAUCGCGAGGACGGAGUACCUGUCCAACGCCGACGAGCGUCUCCGCUGGCAGGCCAGCUCCCUCCCUGCAGACGACCUGUGCACAGAAAAUGCCAUCAUGCUGAAGAGGUUCAACAGGUACCCGCUGAUCAUUGACCCCUCGGGGCAGGCCACAGAGUUCAUCAUGAACGAGUACAAGGACCGGAAGAUCACACGGACCAGCUUCCUGGACGAUGCCUUCAGGAAGAACCUGGAGAGCGCGCUGAGGUUCGGCAACCCCCUUCUGGUCCAGGAUGUGGAGAGCUACGACCCCGUGCUGAACCCAGUUCUGAACCGUGAAGUCCGGCGGACAGGGGGCAGAGUGCUGAUCACACUCGGCGACCAGGACAUAGACUUGUCGCCGUCCUUUGUCAUCUUCCUAUCCACUCGCGAUCCCACCGUCGAGUUCCCCCCUGAUCUCUGCUCCCGGGUGACCUUCGUCAACUUCACCGUCACCCGUAGCAGUCUGCAGAGCCAGUGUCUCAACGAAGUUCUCAAAGCAGAAAGACCCGACGUGGACGAGAAACGGUCCGACCUUCUGAAACUCCAAGGGGAGUUUCAGCUGCGCCUGCGUCAGCUGGAGAAGUCUCUGUUGCAAGCUCUGAACGAGGUCAAGGGCCGCAUCCUGGACGACGACACGAUCAUCACGACGCUGGAGAACCUCAAGAGGGAGGCCGCCGAGGUGACGAGGAAGGUGGAGGAGACGGACAUCGUGAUGCAGGAGGUGGAGACCGUGUCCCAGCAGUACCUGCCGCUGUCCACCGCCUGCAGCAGCAUCUACUUCACCAUGGAGUCGCUCAAGCAGAUCCACUUCCUAUACCAGUACUCGCUGCAGUUCUUCCUGGACAUCUACCACAAUGUCCUGUACGAGAACCCCAACCUGAAGGGCGUCACCGACCACACCCAGCGCCUGUCCAUCAUCACCAAGGAUCUCUUCCAGGUGGCGUUCAACCGCGUGGCCCGAGGCAUGCUGCACCAGGACCACAUCACCUUCGCCAUGCUGCUGGCCAGGAUCAAGCUCAAGGGCACCGUCGGGGAGCCCACCUACGACGCGGAAUUCCAGCACUUCCUGAGGGGGAAGGAGAUCGUGCUGAGCGCGGGCUCGACACCCAAGAUCCAAGGCCUGACCGGGGAGCAGGCCGAGGCCGUGGUGAGGCUGAGCUGCCUGCCCGCCUUCAAGGAUCUGAUCUCCAAGGUCCAGGCGGAUGAGCAAUUCGGCAUCUGGCUGGACAGCAGCUCCCCCGAGCAGACCGUGCCAUACCUCUGGAGCGAGGAGAACCCUGCAACUCCCAUCGGGCAGGCCAUCCACCGCCUGCUCCUGAUCCAGGCCUUCCGCCCCGACCGCAUGCUGGCCAUGGCGCACAUGUUUGUGUCCACCAACCUCGGGGAGUCCUUCAUGUCCAUCAUGGAGCAGCCACUCGACCUGACCCACAUCGUGGACACAGAGGUCAAGCCGAACACGCCUGUCCUGAUGUGCUCUGUGCCCGGGUAUGACGCCAGCGGGCAUGUGGAGGACCUUGCCGCCGAGCAGAACACGCAGAUCACGUCCAUCGCUAUCGGCUCCACAGAAGGCUUUAACCAGGCAGACAAGGCAAUAAACACAGCUGUGAAGUCGGGCAGGUGGGUGAUGCUGAAGAACGUCCACCUGGCCCCGGGCUGGCUGAUGCAGCUGGAGAAGAAGCUGCACUCGCUGCAGCCGCAUGCCUGCUUCAGGCUCUUCCUCACCAUGGAGAUCAACCCCAAGGUGCCCGUGAACCUGCUCCGAGCGGGCCGCAUCUUUGUGUUCGAGCCGCCCCCGGGCGUGAAGGCCAACAUGCUGAGGACCUUCAGCAGCAUCCCCGUGUCUCGGAUAUGCAAGUCUCCCAACGAGCGUGCUCGCUUGUACUUCCUGCUGGCCUGGUUCCACGCCGUCAUCCAGGAGCGCUUACGAUACGCACCCCUGGGCUGGUCGAAGAAGUAUGAGUUCGGGGAGUCUGACCUGCGCUCGGCCUGCGACACGGUGGACACGUGGCUGGACGACACAGCCAAGGGGAGACAGAACAUCUCGCCAGACAAGAUUCCCUGGUCCGCGCUCAAGACCCUGAUGGCCCAGUCCAUCUAUGGCGGCCGGGUGGACAACGAGUUCGACCAGCGUCUGCUCAACACCUUCCUGGAGCGCCUGUUCACCACCCGGAGUUUCGACAGUGAGUUCAAGCUGGCCUGCAAGGUUGACGGGCACAAGGACAUCCAGAUGCCAGACGGCAUCAGGCGAGAGGAGUUCGUGCAGUGGGUGGAGCUGCUGCCUGACACGCAGACGCCCUCCUGGCUGGGCCUGCCCAACAACGCCGAGAAGGUUCUCCUCACCACGCAGGGUGUGGACAUGAUCAGCAAGAUGCUGAAGAUGCAGAUGCUGGAGGACGAGGACGACCUGGCCUACGCGGAGACGGAGAAGAAGGCGCGGCCUGACUCCUCGUCCGACGGGCGCCCCGCCUGGAUGCGGACGCUGCACACCACCGCCUCCAACUGGCUGCACCUCAUCCCGCAGACACUCAGCCACCUCAAGCGCACGGUGGAGAACAUCAAGGAUCCUCUGUUCCGAUUCUUCGAGAGAGAAGUGAAAAUGGGUGCCAAGUUGCUCCAGGACGUGCGCCAGGACCUUGCUGACGUGGUGCAGGUGUGCGAGGGCAGGAAGAAGCAGACCAACUACCUCCGCACGCUCAUCAACGAGCUGGUGAAAGGGAUCCUGCCCCGGAGCUGGUCGCACUACACGGUGCCCGCCGGCAUGACCGUCAUCCAGUGGGUCUCGGACUUCAGCGAGCGGGUCAAGCAGCUGCAGAGCAUCUCUCAGGCGGCCGCCUCCGGGGGCGCCAAGGAGCUGAAGAACAUCCACGUGUGCCUGGGCGGCCUGUUCGUGCCCGAGGCCUACAUCACCGCCACCCGGCAGUACGUGGCCCAGGCCAACAGCUGGUCCCUGGAGGAGCUCUGCCUGGAGGUGAACGUCACCACCUCCCAGAGUGCCACGCUGGACGCCUGCAGCUUCGGGGUCACCGGCCUGAAGCUCCAAGGGGCCACGUGCGGCAACAACAAGCUGUCGCUCUCCAGCGCCAUCUCCACCGUCCUCCCCCUGACGCAGCUGCGCUGGGUCAAGCAGACAAACGCAGAGAGGAAGGCGAACGUGGUGACCCUGCCUGUCUACCUGAACUUCACCCGCGCCGACCUCAUCUUCACGGUCGACUUCGAAAUCGCCACCAAGGAGGACCCGCGCAGCUUCUACGAGCGCGGCGUGGCCGUCCUCUGCACCGAGUGAGGCUGCCUUUUCUAGUCCCCUUUGUGUAACAGUAAUUAAUAUUUAACGUUUAUUCAUUAUGAAAGCCUAUGGAAGGUUCACUGUUUAAAGUAUAUGGACUUGUCAAGGGAACGUCGCUGGUGCGAGGCUGGAAGCUGCAGGAUGUGGAAAGAAGCCGGACGGUUGGGAGGUGGAGCUGGGAGGGACCCAGGGCUGCGGUGCUGAGGGCCGAGGCGGGGCUUGUUUUAUGAAAUAAAACACUAAGCAUGACUCGG